AUGACAGCAUUCGUGCCAGAGACCAUCCGAGAGCGGGGAGAAAACGCUCGGUUCGAAAUAUUCGAAACAAGCGCCGCCAUCCUCCAGCGGGCUGGCUGGCGACUACUCAAUCCGCAGAUUCGACGCAUCGCCGAUGAAGAGGAAUGCCAUGCCUUUAUCAGAUCGCCUCUGCCGACCGACAAACGCAUAAACAUGAUCGAAUGUAGGCUUAGGGUGCUCUGUGUCUACCUUGACCACAGAGACCAAGUCACGAGUUAUAAGUCCCUGCUCAAAAUUGCAGAAGAUUCCGCAUGGAUAUACAAUGGUUUUACCAGUCUGGUCGCUAAGGGAACGACCGGGUCGACGACGUGCUCUGGUGCCGUUGGCAAAAUUAGCCUAUUCCUCCAGACCCCCCGAGAUAGCAUGCCAUUCCUCGCCUUUUCAUUGACUGAGGUUCCCGCUGAAGCGCGCAAACAGGGAUCCGACUGGGUCUGUCUGGUCUUUCUUACGGCGGAAAUCGAGCUAAAAGCGCUUCUCCACGAGUCCUCCUUCCCCACUGACUAUAGCCCCUUGUCUCCAGACUUUAUGCAUCUCCCUGUGCGAAUCUUAGAGGAUCAAGUCGAGUUGGUACGAGACGGGCUACGCGGUCCCGCAGAGGCGCUCGUCCAAGAAGAAGAGAGCAUCCUGCAAAUGAGGAUGAAGCUAGAUGACUUUGGCCGCGCUAGACGGGUGCUGUUUGACGUCGAGAAAAGGGUGAGGGAGCUCCGCGACCGAUGGCGGUUUGCGCAGGAGCUGGGCGACAGUCUGAUGCGGUGUUUUGGAGAGCUCGUUGUUGUCAGCGUCACCUGUCCUACAGCUGUUGCAGGCCGUGCUGGAAAGACCGGUCAAGUCUCCUACUCUAAAACGCUUUUAAACAGAGUAGAGACACAGAUUGCCAUUGCGGGGAUGCUACGGAUUGAAUUCGACUCCAUUUCCUCGGCUAUAAAGGAACAGCAUCGAAAGAUUGAAGCAGAAUUGAAUCUGAUUAUUGCGCAUAACUCCUACGUGUCCGCCGAAGAGGCUCGACGUGAUGGAUCGUCGAUGAAGACGAUUGCGGCGAUCACCUUGAUUUUCCUCCCCGCUACUACAGUGGCCUCAAUCUUCAGCAUGUCAAUGUUCAACUGGAGUGGGGAAGAUGACCAGCCGGUUAUCACUCAUCGAUUUUGGGUGUACAUUAUCGCUGCUAUUGGGCUCACGGUCAUAGUGGUGGCCCUUUGGCUUCUGUGGUUUACGAGAAGUCAACGCGAGAAUAACACACGGGAUUUGCCUUUGAGAUACAUUGGCCCGGCCUUGUCAGGAGCCCGAGAGCCGGUUUAA